AUGGAAAAAUCCCCAAAGCAAAGCACUCUAAGCACCAGAGUUUCUUAUGAACUAGCUUUGUUAAUUGCAAAAAAGGGUUCAGCUCACACCGUGGGAGAAGAACUUAUCAUACCCGCCGCAAAAAUUAUAAGUAAUGCUUUAUUUGAUGAAAAAUGUACAAAACAAAUUAAUGAAAUUCCGUUAUCAAACACAACAGUGAAAAGAAGAAUAGAUGAAAUGUCAGAAAACGUAAAAGAAGUUCUCGUUACUUUUCUGAGAAAAAGUGAAUAUUUUUCGCUCCAAUUUGACGAAAGUACGGACGUUGCUGGCAAGGCUAAUUUAUUAGCUUUCUGUCGUUUUGAAUGGAAUGGAAAUAUUCAAGAAGAAAUGUUGUUUUGUCAGUCUUUGCCAACAAGAAAAAUUGGAGAGGUGAUUUUCAAAGCUGCUGACAAUUUCAUGAAAGAAAAUGAAAUAGAUUGGACGCAUUGUAGCAUACAUAGAGAAGCUCUUGCAGGCAAGGAUUGUCAUAAGAUUUUUGUGCAAGACAAAAUCGAAGCUAUGAUAAUUAAACUUCAGAGAUGGGCUCGAAAGGUAGACCAAGAUUCUUUUGAUGCGUUUCCUACUUUGCAUGACUUUAUUGAGACCAACGAAAUUAAAGUCGAUAGAAAAACAGCUGCAACAAUAAAAGAUCACCUCAACGCUAUGGCCUCUAGAUUCAGGCACUUCUUCCCUAAAAUUGAGGAUGAAAUUCAGUGGAUCAGAAAUCCCUUUGAAGAGAACUACCUUUCCAAACUGAAAUUAUCUUCAAGUGAAGAAGAUUCAUUAAUUGAACUAUCAUGUCACCAAUCUUUAAAAUCGCUUUUCAAGACAACACCAUUGGUCCCGUUUUGGAUAAACGCUCGGCAAGAAUAUCCAGUUAUUGCCAAAAUUGCCCUCUCACACUUGAUGGGGUUUUCUACAACUUAUCUUUGUAAACGAGCUUUUUCAACUUUAGUAUUUUUGAAGAAUAAAUACAGAAACAAGCUAAAUGUUGAGAGCGAUUUGAGAUUAAAACUGUCUCGUUUCAAUCCAGACAUUGAAUCGCUGGUGGAAGACAAACAGUGUCAAAAAUCCCAUUAA